AUGAAGUGGUUGUGUGUGAUUGUGUCGACUUGGGCGCUUGUCCAACGUGAUACUGAGGGCGUUGGCGCGAUUGAGCCGGACCCACCGGCGGUCUCGCUGAUUGAGCAGCGGAAGAGAGAUCUCAUGAGGGCCGCCCAGCAGUCGUACGUGAAGCCAUCUGGCGGGCGGCGCGUGGGUACCCUGGACCGAGCUCGCUUGGACUUCUUGGGAGGAGACGUGGGGAAGCACGAUACGGUAGUGCAGAAACGGAUUAAACCGUUGUCAUCAAUCCCGUCGUACGUGAAAACGAGCGAGGACGUACCGCUCCCCGCUCCGGCGCGAUCAAGACCCGUGAGUCUUCUGGCCCCCGAGCGUGUGAGCAACUUGGAGAGGGUGCUGAUGAAGCACGAAACGCAACUGCAGAAACAAACUAAGCACCUGCCACCACUUCCCCCGUACGUGAGGCCCAUGUCCUCACCGGCUUCGAUGAACGGACCUUCUCAGACUCAGUUUUUGGACGGCCAAGCCGGGCCGGUCCAAUCUGCGGACGAAGAAUAUCAGCUGCCGUUGGCUUCUGAGCUCCCGAAGCCCCCGCGCGCUUGGAUGACAGGCACUGAGUCUUCUCGGGCUCAAUCGUCUGACGGCCAGUCUGCUGACAGAAAACGUCAGCGGCGUCGUUCAUUACCACUCCCCAAGCCCACGUGGAUGAAGCGGGCCAGGUCUUCUCGGGCUCGGUCUUUGGACGGUGGCUCUUCGGAGGAGGAAAUUGCAUCACCCCCGAAGCCCCUUCGGGCUUGGAUGAGAAGGGCCGAGUCUUCUCAGGCUCUAUCUUCUGACGGACAGUCUGCAAACGGAGAACGUCAGCGCCGUAGUUCAUUACCACUCCCCAAGCCCGCUUGGAUGGAGGGGGGCGGAUCUUCUCGGGCCCGGUCUUUGGACGGUCAGUCUUCGGACAGACAGCCUGGGAGCGCGAAAAUUCAACGGCGUCCUUCGUUGCCGGCGCACGCUUGGAUGUCAGGGACUGAUGAGUCUUCUGACGUUCAGUCUCCGGCUGUUCAGUCUCAGGACUUUCAGCCUGCGGGCGACCAAGUCGCGGUCUCCGACGAUCAAGUCCAAGCCCGCGAGGCUGGUAGCGAGAAUACACCGCAGCGACGCCGCAGAUUCUUUGGACGCAGGCUUAAACCCAAGAAGGGGCUGUUUGGACGCAAGGGGCUGUUUGGGCGCAAGAAGGGGCGGAAGGCCGAAGGCGAGCAGAAGCCGAAAAAGAAAGGAUUUUUCAAACGUCUUAGGCAUCGCUUCCGAAAGGCGAUGGGCAUUCGUAAGAAGACCCCCACGUCUGAACACCAUCCGGCUCGCGAAACUCUAGCGUCGCCCGAUGAGAUGACCCACAGAGAUACAAUGGGUUCCCCCGAAGUUGUGGACCAGAUGGACGAAGAAACGUUACCCAAAGAGGACGAAGAAUCUCCUCAGAAGGACCAAGAAUCGUUCCUGGGCGAAGCAGCCUCCGAAGCCGAUGCUGACCAGAAGGGUGAAGACCAGAAGGAUGAAGACCAGAAGGAUGAAGACCAGAAGGAUGAAGAACCGUUCCCCGCCGAACCAGCGGUCGAAGAGGCUCCUGAAAUUAGUGACCAGAAGGACGGAGAAUCGUUCUCCACCGAAGCAGUGGCCGAAGACGCCCCCGAAGCUGUUAGUCAGGAUGAGGCAGCAGAGGUUGCUGAAGGUAGCGCGGAGAAAGGGAAGCAUCCGUGGUUCGGAUACACCGGUCCUGACGACCUCUUGGUGUGA